CAACUAUUGAGGUCCCCCGAUUUUUUUGACACCAGUAGUGAUAGUUAAGUGGUAACGCGCAAACGUUUUAUUCAUUUUAAUAUCAUGAAUUUUAGAAUUUACAUUUUGACCCCUUAAGUUUCAAUUGUUAAACCACCGACCCCGGCCCAAGGUGAGAGGAUAUAGUAGCUAAAGGGGUAAACGAUCCCAAAUUAGGGCACAUAAAUCAUCUCAUCAUCUCUCUUCUUUCACGGAAAUCGAAUCGUUUGGACCUCUUCACUCGUCACUCAUCGCUCAUCAGCUCAAUGACGACGCCUGCAGCGAAUGCGACGACGACGACGACCCAGACCGACGACCAUCAUGCGAAGACCCUAGACCCUCCUGCCACAACAACCGAAGACGUAUCCACCGAGAAAUCACCAGCUUCCUCCACCGACAGGAAAGACGGUGAUUCCGGUGACACAAAGUUGAAAACUACAGAUCCGGCCACCGUCACGGCGGACAACAGCAGCGACGAUGGUGCUUCUGUUACCGAUACUCAGAGGAAGAUUCGCCGUGCGGAGCGUUUUGGUAUGCCAGUUCAACUAUCUGAAGAAGAAAAACGGAAUUCUCGUGCGGAGAGGUUUGGUACUCCACCUGGCACACAAGGUUCAGGAGCCACAAAGAAAGCUGAAGAGCUGAAAAGGAAAGCUAGAGCGGAGAGAUUUGGGAUGACCCAAGCCACUGAAGAAGAUAACAGAAAAAGAAAGCAAGGGCACUCAGGUUCUCAGGGGCACAGAAGGCAACUGUUGCUGGCAAGGCUGGUGGAGAAGCUUGAUGUCUGCCUGCUUGCUUGCACUUUUUUAUUUUUCAGUUAGAAUUGUGAAAUCUUUUGAUCCCCAAACAACCCUUUUGUUGAUUAUGGAGUUACAGUAAUAGUUCCUCUUCCUCUGGUAUUGGUAAAACUGGUGUCCCCCCUUGUUAAUUGAUAGCAAUCUCCUCAGUCAGUGUCUUUAAAUUUAAAAAAAAAAAAUAUAUACAAGGUAUUAUAGAUAUGAAAUAGUGUGUGAAUGAGGUUAGAUUUUAGGAGAAUAUGAUUUAAAAGAAGAAGCAACUAGUGCCUAAGCUGCAUUUGAAUCUCUAAUCUAUAUUCUCUAGAGUGGUAGUCUUCAAUCCCAUGCCAUGCUCAAUUUCUCAAAUUUUGGGGUUUCAAAUGCUUAGCAAUAGCGUCAAAGUUGAUGCUUCUUGUUUGAAAUAUAUUUUAUCAAAAUCUUGAAAAAUGGUAGUGUAGUUUAAAACAUAUAUAAAUAUGAUCACAUGAUGGAUUUUCAGUGUUUUGGUACCCACGUACUUCCUCAGGUAAUGAAAGUUGCAUCAUAGUAAAAGUAAAACCAAGAAUCAUGGAUCGGAUGUUAGGUUGGAUGAUAUGCGUUAGUUACUAAUUUAUUGUUUUUUUUUUUUUUUUGGAUUUUGAUAGUUUAAUAAUAAAAGAUAGGAAUAUCUGAUUUGGAGGAUUUAAAAGA